GAGCGGCGGCCGACUAUAAAGCGGGCGGUGGCGGCGGGCGCCUCCCUAUGGGGCGCUGCGCACCGCCGCGACCAGCCGCUGUCGGCUGCCGCGACACCUGUCGUUCUGUCGCCGCCAGCCCCCGGGACCGCCAAUGCGCUUUGUGGUGGUACUCGCCGCGCUGGUCGCGCUCGCAGCCUGCCGGCCUGUCGCCGGUUCUGCGCCAAACGCUACGGAGCCGGAGCGGCACGGGGGUCUCGGCCAGCGGGAGCCUGAGGCCCGCGAGGGUGAUGCCGUGUCGGGUCCCGACUAUGAGGAGGAUGAAGAGUACGAGGAGCUGCUUCCCGUGCACCAGUACAUUGUGGAUGACUUGAUUCGAGUUGAACCUGUGGUUAAACCAAAGCCAACAAAGAGGGGGGGUGAGAAGAAUUCUGGCAAAUCAAGAAGGAAGAAAAACAAAGGGAAAAACAAAAAGAAAGGGACUCCCUGUGAAAUGGAAUACAAAAACUUUUGCAUCCACGGUGAAUGCAUAUACCUCAAACAUCUCCAGAUGGUGACCUGCAAGUGUCAUCAGGAUUUCUUUGGUGAGCGCUGUGGUGAACAGUUCAUGAAGACUCAAAAGAAGAAUGAUGUGGCGGACUAUUCGAAGACUGUGUUGGUAGUGGUAGCUGUCCUGUUGUCAAGCAUCAGCUUCAUUACUGUACUUAUCAUUGUGAUUGUGCAAGUCAGGAAAAAGUGUCCUCAGUAUGAAGAGAAAGAAGAAAGGAAAAAACUUCGACAAGAAAACAGAAAUGGCCAUGUUGGUGUGUAAAUGAGGAGAAUGCAGAACGAUUCUGAUGUGGCCACUGCCAAGCUGCGGGGUACCUCUGGCUACCUGACACAUCCACUUGGACACUGUGGGUGGGAGCUGUUGCCACUAAGCCCUGAUUAAUCAAGACAGAGGCUGCUGCAAGGAGAUGUCAACAUGCCACUUGCUGCUGAAUUGCUUGCUGAAGAAGACAGUUAACACUACAUCUUGACAUCAUGAUGUGGAAGGAGCUGCUGCUAUGGGCUAGAGGACCUGCUAUCAAGACCUGCUAGAGACUAUGGCUACUGAGCCCUCUCAGUGCUGGAACUCCAGUCUCUGCUGUUGUGUGGAUGGACUUUAUUCUGUUAGCAAGUUUCCUUUGGCAGCUAUAACUUAAGGGGGAGAGCUUGUUGCGGUUUUGAGGGGAAUGGAUGGAGGGGAGAAUAUUCCCUGCCUGCCUCCCCCCCCAAAAAAAAAAAAGUUAAAGGAAGAGCUCUGCAUGGCUUGUCUCCCUAGACUUCAGUGGAUGAAAAAUCUAAUUCUCCUGUUGCUGUGCUCCCUGUUGAUAUCAGCUUCAAAGAACUUCAUCUCUAGUUCUGACUUGCAGGGUGUUGGUGACAGAUCUUUCUCAGCCACACCUGGGUUCUGUUACUGUACAUGUGGAAAGUAAUCCCUCUGAAUUCAGUAGGACUUGUGUGAGUGGUGCUAUCCAUUUGUGUGUGUGCUAGCCUGAGUUAAAACUAGUCUCCUCAGGAUGCUAAGACAGUAAAUGCAAGAUCUAAAGCUCUGCAUCUGAAGGAAAAGAUCCAUGCUUAAGCAAGCUGAUAAGCCUGGACCCAUCUCUUAUAAACACAAAGCUGCUUCUGUUACCCAGAUACUCAAUGCUGCUUUAAGCAGCUCUCAAAGUGUAAAAUGCUUUAAGUCAGAUCCAGUGAGUUGAAUGUGACCAAGAACCUGUUCCUUUUGAAGCAUUAAAUUCAUGCAGUGACACUCUGCAAGCAGUGGUCUCGUGUGCUCUACCUUCUGGUGUGAAGAAUUCAACUUACCUCAAACUUUUCUGACCCAAGUGUCCUUGGUUUCUUGAACUGCCCAUGUGAUCUUGAGCACAGAGCAUUAUUUGAGUUUAGUUUCUUCUUAGAAGAGUCAAUGUGUUCUGUUUAAACAGAGCAGAAUUCUUCUGGUAGCAGAGGAACACGGUUAAUUGUCAAGUCAUCUCUGUAAAUGUGUAAAUAUUUAUUACUGUAUUUAAUAUUUAAUGUUUCCAUAACAAACUUAUUUAUUUUAUAAUUAAACUUUUUACAUAACCUAA